UUCUCCUCUUCCUCUUCCUCUUCCUCUUCCUCCUCCUAGUGUAUGCGCACCACUAGCUGCUAGUGCCCAAGAAGCCGCCAUGUCCGGAGAAGAAACUGUCGGAGAAGAUGCGGGAGCCCCUCAAACCAGCACCGUUGCUCCUCCCGCAGAGCAGCAGCAGAACGAAGGAGCAGUGGUGGAGGCAACAGCGACUGGCGGGGAGGGAAAGGCUGCUGAAGGGACAUCGGAGGAGGCUCCCGCCGUUUCUACCAGUACCACUGCUUCUGGUCGCCCGUAUAGAGCACUGGUGCUCACGGGCUUUGGUGGUUACGAGAAGGUGAAGGUGCAGAUUCGGCAGCUGCCUCAAGCGGAACCCAGUCCGGGCGCUGGCCAAGUUUGCGUGCAGGUCCGGGCCUGCGGGCUCAAUUUUGCUGACCUGCUGGCUCGCCAAGGGCUCUACGAGAGGCUUCCUUCGCCGCCCGUUAGCCCUGGCAUGGAGGCGGCGGGAAUCGUCCUGGCCGUGGGCGAGGGCGUCUCCAGCCCAAAGGUUGGUGAUAAGGUGAUGAUUAUGGCCCGGUCAGGUCUCUGGCAAGAAAUUGUGACAGUCCAAGCCAAUCAGAGUUUUCCCAUGCCGGAAGGCAUGAGCUUUGAGGAAGCAGCUGCCUUUCUGGUCAAUUACAUCACUGCCUACAUGGUUCUCUUUGAUUUUGGCAAUCUGCGCCCUGGCCAGAGUGUCCUUGUCCACAUGGCAGCAGGUGGUGUGGGAACUGCAGCCGUCCAACUCUGCAAAACCAUGGAAAACAUCACCAUUUUUGGCACAGCAUCUGCUUCCAAGCAUGAGGCCCUCAAAGAGAAUGGGGUGACUCACCCUAUUGAUUACCGGGCAGCUGAUUAUGUGGCUGAAGUCCGGAAAAUUUGUCCCAAAGGUGUAGAUGUUGUUUUGGACCCCUUAGGAGGUUCAGAUACCACAAAAGGGUUUCACCUCCUGAAACCAAUGGGCAAGCUGGUCAGUUAUGGUGUAGCCAACUUGCUAACAGGGCAGAGGAAGAACCUAAUGGCUAUGGCAAAGACCUGGUGGAAUCAGUUUAGCAUCAAUGCCUUGCAGCUGAUUCAUCUCAACAAAGCAGUUUGUGGCUACCACCUGGGCUACCUUGAGGAGGAAGUGGAGGUAUUAGCUGCUGUGGUGACCAAGCUAACUGCUCUCUACAAUCAGGGCAAAAUCAAACCAAAGGUGGAUUCUGUUUGGCCCUUUGAACAGGUGGUUGAUGCCAUGAAGCAGAUGCAAGAGAAGAAGAAUGUUGGGAAAGUUGUCUUGGUCCCUGAAGCUCCACCGAAGGAUGAAAACAAGAAAACAGAGAAUUAAAGCAAGGGCCAUGGGUGAACUAUUUGACCUCAGGUUGAUUUUGGGGGACUUUUUUUUAACUGCCUCCCCUCCCCCACACCUGACCCUUGAGGGAAGUAGGAAUGGACAGGUCUCUCACUGCUGUUAAUGGAAUAAGUGACUGAAGAAAAAAAAAUCUUGUGGUUAGUUGACCCUUUAAAGUUGAGGCAAGCUUCUAGGUUUCAUAAAAUCUUUACAGAGUGGAACUUAAAAGAUUGCCAUAUCCCAAUGAAAUUGGUUCGUUAAGUUUAAAAAAGAAAUCCAGCACUUCUUUUGCAAUCUUGAUAUUUUGCUCUUAAUGGGACCACAUAGAGAAUUAUCUGAAGUAAAAAGCAUACAAGGCCAAACCUAUCAAUUGGCAAUGUCUUUGAUUUCUUGAUCUUAAAUUUUUGAGCACACUGUUCAAAAAUGCCUAGCAAUUGUUUGUCUCUAUGACAUCUUCUCUCCUUAGCCAUCUUAGCUCACCUUUAAAUACUUAAUGAUUAGUAAGUUUAGAGAGUGUAAAACACCCAUUGUUUUAGAAGCUAUUCGCAGUUGACAGUUUCCAUAGAAACAAAUCUUUGAAUCUGCUACUUUGGAAGGGCACAUUUAACAAACAAAAAACACUAAAUAUCUUUGCAGCUGGAGGGAGAUGUGAGGAAGGGAAUUUUGUCUCUGGGGUAUUCAUUUACCUUGGUGCAACAAAGCUACCACUGCUUCCUGCUAUAUGAAAAUCCUCUGUGCUAUAUAGGUAAAGCUCAUAUAUCAUAUUUUUUGUCAAAAUCUACUACAGAGAAUGCAAGUAUGGAAAAUCAAGGAGUUCCCAAUGAAGGCAAGACUCCCAAGUAUGGCUUCUUUUGGAGAGAAACACUGACGGUUUUUAUUUAAUGGUUUAUGUAGACAGACAUAUGUUUAACAGUACUAAACAACUGACUAAACUGUAAUCUCAAAAUAGUUAUAUCAUGUUUGCCAUCUCUGACUUGUGGCUUGAUAUGAGGCUGCUCUAAGAAUUAACUGUAAAAACAGCAGAGAUGUUCUCAGUCAAAGAUUGGAGAAAUACUUUAAUAACCUUAUUUCUUCUUACAAUUCUUGUUUAACUUCGAGACCCAAAAUAUCUAGAUGUGCAUCUGUGUCUUAAGAUUCACUGCAGAUUAAAUAUUAUCUUAAUAUUUUUAUGCUGUAGAGUAAGGGAAACAGGACCAAUUCUGUACAAAAAACAGAUUGAGCAAGAAAUAGUAACAGAUUUUAAAUUUGUAAGAUUCUGUCUUGAAAAAAAAUCAGUUGGUCAUUUGUGAAUGUAUCUGGAACUAUUUUUGCUAAAUAUCUUUUUUGUUGAAUAGAUUAAGUCUAAUUCUAUUUCAUUCACCACUAUUUCUGAAAGCUCUUCCUUGAAAAUCUUCAGAGGGUUUUUGUGUAUGUAUGUCAGUAAUAUUUUUGCUAUUUUAGGAAUUUGAUUCUCAGAGUAUAUCUCAGCACUUUGAAUUAUCCAGUUUUAAAGUUCCUCCUAUUUCCAGGAGUGUUGCCAAUCUACUAUGGGUGAGGCUGUUAUCCAUCUUCAUAUUCCAGUAAACAAAAUAUCCAAGAAAAGACAAAGAUCCCAAGUUGCUUCCUUGGAUUUUUCUUUUGAUUCUCACAGUUAUGGCAGAAAAAGCCUAAAUCUAAUGUUCUGUUCUUUUAUUGUACUAGGAAAAAAUAUUUUCAGUAGAUUGUAUCAGCUAAGCAUUUUUCUUUCUGGCAAUUCUUUUUCUUUCACACAUCCAAAAGCCAUCUAUGAAAAUGUUGAGACCAAUCCUCAAUCCUCACAGAAAAUAUAUAUUUGUGAGGGGUCCUUGGUGCUCUCUGAACUUGCUUGUUUUCUUGCAGAUGUUUCAUUACCC